CUUUUUAUCUACAUGACUCUGUACGCCAUCGAUCGUUAUUUACACGUUCUGUCCUUAAAAAUGUCGGAAGAACUAAUUCUGGAAUGGACCAUUUUCAUCGGAAUUUACGUUUUCUUGCUAGUUUUAUUUUUCUUCAACAUUUACUUAUGUUUGUCAUUUUUGAUACUGUACGUUAUGCUCCGGAUAAUUCAGUCUAGAUACAAAAAACUACUGCCUGUAAAAAGCAAGGCUGUCCUUGUGACUGGAUGCGAUAGAGGCUUUGGUCAUCACUUUGCUAGACAUUUAGACGACGUAGGAUUCACCGUGUAUGCGGGAGUCUUACACAAAGACAGCGCAGGCGCAAAGAAGCUGAAGUCCCACAGCUCCAAGAGACUACACGUGCUUCAACUGGACGUCACCUGCGAUAGCGACAUCAAAGAAGCCGUAGCUUUCAUCACUGCACACUCCAAAAACAAAGGAUUAUGGGGCGUUGUCAACAACGCUGGAGUAAACGUAGUGGGGGAUAUGGAGACGACCCCGAUAGAUCAGAUUAAUCGAUGCCUGUCCAUCAACCUGUUUGGGAUGAUUCGGGUCACUCAGCAAGUGCUUCCGAUGAUACGAAAGUCUCAGGGAAGAAUCGUCAAUAUUUCAAGCGUAAUGGGGAGAUACUCAGCACAGGGAGAUAGCGCCUAUCACAUGUCGAAGUCUGCUUUGGAGUCAGUAUCGGACAGUCUGAGACUAGAAAUGCGUCCCUGUGGGGUAGGGGUCAGCAUCAUAGAGCCAGGGAAAUUCGACGCCGCUACGACCUGCAAUGACCCAGAAAUCGUAAAAAUUCGUCAAAAUGAAGUGGACAUCCAAUGGGAACGAGCUACGGAGGAAGUGAAGAGUUUUUACGGAAAGGACUACUUUUACCGGUUUUUCCUGAAAGACAACCGGGAGAAUUCGGCAGAGUCUCCGGACAAAGUAAUUGAGGCUGUAGUGGACGCCCUUCUAAACGAGGCCCCUAGGGCGCGCUAUUUGGUCCCCGGUAGCUCUAGGCUUAUAGAUAUACAUGCGAUAUUUGCCAGAUUGAAUGGAUACUUUCCUGAAAUUAUCUCUGAUGUAGUGUACACAUGGUUUACCGGAGCCCAUAAACCUGCGAAAAUUCUAAAGAAUCACUAAAAGCUAACUUUUUACUUCUUACAAUUCUAUUUCUACGAUUAAAGCCGACAGUGGGUUUAUCAUGUUUUAUACAUACACAAUAUUCUAUGGACUGUAGUCAGCAAUUAUCCCAAAUGCUGUAUGUUUCCCCUUUUGGUGGGGGAAAGGGGUUGUGGUCCCUCAGUUCACAAGGGGGUAUAUUUCCAUGGACCUAGGAGUUGACUGUGUAUAGUCCCCUAGUCAUGGCGGAAUACUUUACAAUGUAUAGUUUGUGUAUGACUGUAGUUUAGACUCUAUCUUCAUGUACAUGUAACUUUGUAUUGCUGAUAAAAAUUGUAAUAAAUUUUAAAAAAAUGA